UGAUCCUCUUCUACAGAAGCAGCGACCUGCACAUCAUCAACAUGCUCCUUUUACCUGCGCUCUUCCUGCUCUCUGGGGUCCUCCAAGGUGUCGCGGUGGUGGAAUCCGUUCCCCCCACUUUUAACCACCGAGACCCAUCCACCAGAGAAACCCUCAUCUGUGACAAGUGCCCACCCGGCACGCACAUGACUGCGUACUGCACCCCCACCACGCCCACCGUGUGCGCACCGUGCAGAAGCCGCCACUAUACCGAGUUAUGGAACUACCUGCCCCGAUGUCUUUACUGCAACAACUACUGCAUGGAGAACCAGGAGGUGGAGACGGAGUGCACUGCGACCACCAACAGGGUCUGUCGGUGCAAACAGGGCUUCUACAUGACCAAUGAGUUCUGUUGGACACACUCAGAGUGCGGGCGCGGAAACGGUGUUAAAACUCAGGGUACGUCACAAAUAGACACUGUUUGUGAAAAGUGUUCCGAUGGCUACUUCUCCAAAUCAUCUUCUGCGCUGGAGUCGUGCGUAAAACACCAGGAAUGCGCAAGCGGACAGAUUUCACUCCUUCCCGGCUCAAAUAACCACGACACAUUGUGUGGGUCCUGCGAAUAUCUUUCAAAUGGAGGUGAGACACUCAGGACAUUCGUCUCAGAAUUCUUCAGCAGGCAGAGGAUGCGCGUGGCAAAAAUGAAGUUAUUUAUUGCCAGCUACAUUCAUAAAUCAGAAGAGGGGGUGCAUCUCAGCGGCACGACUCGAACCAAAGAGAGAGGACCUCUCAUGGUUCAAAUCCUAACGUGGCUGGCUCAGGCUCCAGAGGAGCAGCUGAAAACAUUGCCACUGAUGCUGAAGGCUUCAAAGCUCUGCCACAUGAAAGAAAACCUAGAGAUGGUAGUCGAUAAGAUUAAACAGCAGAGCCCAAACUGUACUUCACCAUUUAUAGAUGUUGAGAUGUAGACUGACAGUAUAUGGUGUAUACAGCACACGUAGCACAAAUACCUCUUAAUUGUAUUUGGCCUUUUGCCUAAUUUGAAAACAAGUUUUUUUUCAUUAAGAUUACUGCACUGAACUAGUGAUGUUUAUCUGGGUUUUUUUAUGUUUAAACGUAGGUCAGACUGUUAACUUCAGAUUUAUAAGGAGGAAAAGGUGAAUAAAUGUUCAAAAUUGAGAGAUGUGUAAAAUAUGGAAACAUGUGAAAUUCAAGAGUUACAUAAUAACUUAUUUUUGAUACGAAAUGUAACUUUAUCUUAAAUUAGUGUUAUAUUAGACAUGUAUGAUACGUUCUCUAAAAAUUAUGUGAUAUCAAACUGUUGUGUAACAGCUAAAUAAAGUUUACGGUAUGUUGUCGCCUAAUCUGA